AUGGCCUGUGGGCAGAGGUCAAGGGUCAAGCCUGAGGCCUCGGCGGUUGGAACUGCAGCCCGCGGGCGGUUGGGAGUCGCCGCCCCAGGACACUGCCCCUCCGCCCCGCGCCCUAGCGCGCCAGCGCCUCCGCCCCUCCGCCCCGCCCAGUCCCGCGCCAGGCGGGACGCUGACCGAGCGGGCGACGCGAGCGAGCGGCGUGGGGACCCCGCGGCGGCCGGCCUUGCGCGGCGGCCUCCUACCCCUCCCCUCAGCCUCGGGGCUGGUGGCCCGCGCGGCUCCGCGAAGAUGGCGCUGCGCUUCCAGAGUUUGGCAGAAUUGGAAGCAUUGUGUACUCACCUCUACGUAGGCACUGAUCUUACAGAAAGAAUAGAGGCUGAGAAAGCACUCUUGGAACUUAUUGACAGCCCAGAAUGUCUCAGCAAGUGUCAACUUUUAUUGGAACAAGGAACAACACCCUAUGCUCAGCUCCUUGCAGCAACCUGUCUUUCAAAACUUGUUACCAGAAUAAAUCCUUUACCUAUUGAACAGAGGAUAGAUAUCAGAAACUACAUUCUGAAUUAUGUGGCAUCACAACCUAAGCUGGCUCCCUUUGUCAUCCAAGCUCUUAUUCAUGUCAUUGCUAAACUCACUAAGUUGGGGUGGUUUGAGAUUCAGAAAGAUGAAUUUGUCUUCAGAGAAAUUAUUGCUGAUGUGAAGAAAUUCCUUCAGGUUGAUUAUUCUAGACCUUCAGCAAAACACAGGAAAAUAGCCACCUCAUUCCGUGACACUUGUCUCAAAGACAUAUUAGUAUUAGCAUGCUUUCUUCUAAAAGAGGUGUUGGCCAAACCUUUAAAUCUCCAGGAUCAAGAUCAGCAAAAUCUGGUAAUGCAGGUCUUGAAACUUGUCCUCAACUGCCUGAACUUUGACUUCAUUGGCAGUUCAGCAGAUGAAUCUGCAGAUGAUCUUUGCACAGUGCAGAUUCCAACAACCUGGAGAACAAUUUUCUUGGAGCCAGAAACAUUGGAUCUUUUCUUCAAUUUGUAUCAUUCACUUCCACCACUACUGUCUCAGUUAGCACUUUCGUGCUUGGUUCAGUUUGCUUCUGUAAGAAGAUCCUUAUUUAGCAGUCCUGAACGUGCCAAGUACCUUGGUAAUUUAAUUAAAGGAGUAAAAAGAAUACUUGAAAACCCUCAGGGUUUGUUUGAUCCAGGUAAUUAUCAUGAAUUUUGUCAACUUUUGGCUCGUUUAAAGACAAACUAUCAGUUGGGAGAAUUAGUUAUGGUGAAGGAGUAUCCUGAAGUUAUCAGAUUGAUUGCUAAUUUUACUAUUAUUAGCCUGCAGCACUGGGAGUUCACUCCCAACAGUGUUCAUUAUUUAUUAACUCUGUGGCAAAGGAUGGUAGCAUCAGUUCCUUUCGUGAAGUCAACUGAACCCCAUUUAUUAGACACAUAUGCACCCGAAAUCACCAAGGCCUUUAUCACUUCCCGGUUGGAAUCUGUUGCCAUAGUUGUGAGAGAUCAUUUAGAUGAUCCACUGGAUGACACUGCCACCGUGUUUCAGCAGCUGGAGCAGUUGCGCACUGUCAGCAGGUGUGAAUACGAGAAGACAUGUACUCUUCUUGUACAGCUGUUGGACCAAAACUCACAGAAUUAUCAAAAACUUCUGCAAUCACCUUCUAGGAUAACUGUUGACAUGGCAGUUCAAGAAGGACGUCUUGCAUGGCUGAUAUACUUAGUUGGUACAGUUGUAGGAGGGAGGUUAACGUACACCAGCACAGAUGAACAUGAUGCUAUGGAUGGGGAAUUAUCCUGUCGAGUUUUUCAGCUUAUAUCUUUAAUGGAUACAGGAUUGCCUCGGUGUUCUAAUGAGAAAAUAGAACUCGCAAUUCUCUGGUUCUUGGAUCAGUUUCGCAAAACAUACGUUGGUGACCAACUUCAAAGAACCUCAAAGAGCAGGAAGGAUGGGAUUGUUCUCAUCUUUCCUAAUGAAAGAACAGAGUCUAAAACAUUUAAUAAUUUAAUUUAA